ACCAAAAUUCAUCUCUUUUCGAACUUUGUCCAAAUUAAAACACUCUCCCUCUCUCUGAACACCACUUUCGUAUUUUCUCUCUUCACUUUCCUUCUUCAGCUUUCUUCUCUUCAAUCGCCAUUUCACACAAGGAAAAGAAGUGUGAAGAAAAGAAGGAAAAGGCCAUCCAACAAGCAUAUAAUAAAAAAAAAACCAGUGCUUUACCAAGCUGAGGCAGAACAACAUUACUUUUUUUUCUAGUCAUUAUUGUUCAUGGUACUCAUGGGCUUCUUCAAGCUCAUUAUAAUGUGGAAUGUGCUGAUGAUUCUUGUUCUAGCAAGUUCACUUAUUGGUUCUGCUAGAGCCUCUGUAUCUUAUGAUCGGAAAGCCAUCACUAUCAAUGGCCAAAGAAGGAUUCUCCUCUCUGGUUCCAUUCAUUACCCUAGAAGUACACCUGAGAUGUGGCCAGAUCUUAUUCAGAAGGCUAAGGAAGGUGGUUUGGAUGUUAUCCAGACUUACGUUUUCUGGAAUGGUCAUGAACCUUCACCUGGCAAAUAUUACUUUGAAGGUAACUAUGAUCUGGUGAAGUUCAUAAAGUUGGUGAAGCAGGCAGGCCUUUAUGUUCAUCUGAGGAUUGGCCCUUAUGUCUGUGCUGAGUGGAAUUUUGGCGGUUUUCCUGUUUGGCUGAAGUACAUUCCAGGCAUCAACUUCAGAACAGACAAUGGGCCUUUCAAGUUCCAAAUGCAAAAAUUCACAAGCAAGAUCGUCAAUAUGAUGAAAGCAGAAAGGUUAUUUGAGUCGCAGGGCGGUCCGAUAAUUCUUUCCCAGAUUGAAAAUGAAUAUGGACCCAUGGAGUAUGAAAUUGGUGCUCCUGGUAAAACCUAUACCCAAUGGGCAGCUCAUAUGGCUGUAGGACUUGGCACAGGGGUUCCAUGGGUCAUGUGCAAGCAAGAUGAUGCUCCUGAUCCUAUUAUUAACACUUGCAACGGCUUCUAUUGUGAUUAUUUCUCUCCAAAUAAGGCCUAUAAACCAAAGAUGUGGACAGAAGCUUGGACUGGCUGGUAUACUGAGUUUGGAGGUCCAGUUCCUCACCGACCGGCUGAAGACUUGGCAUUCUCAGUUGCAAGGUUUAUACAGAAAGGAGGAUCAUUUGUUAACUAUUACAUGUACCAUGGAGGAACAAAUUUUGGUCGAACUGCUGGUGGUCCAUUCAUUGCUACAAGCUAUGAUUAUGAUGCACCUAUCGAUGAAUAUGGACUGGUUAGACAGCCAAAGUGGGGCCAUUUGAAGGAUUUACACAGUGCAAUAAAACUCUGUGAACCUGCUUUAGUAUCUGCAGAUCCUACUGUAUCACGGCUUGGAAGCUAUCAAGAGGCUCAUGUCUUCAAAUCAAAGUCAGGAGCUUGUGCUGCAUUCCUUGCAAAUUAUAACCCAAGAUCUUUUGCAACUGUGUCAUUCGGACAUAUGCAUUACAAUUUACCUCCAUGGUCUAUAAGCAUUCUUCCUGAUUGCAAGAACACUGCUUAUAACACUGCAAGGGUUGGGUCUCAGAGUGCACUGAUGAAAAUGACUCGUGUUCCUAUGCAUGGCGGACUUUCUUGGCAAGCGUUCAAUGAAGAAACAGCCUCUACUGAUGAUAGCACCUUCACAACAUCUGGCUUGCUGGAGCAGAUAAAUACAACAAGAGAUGCAUCUGAUUACCUAUGGUACUCCACAGAUGUUGUGAUUAAUUCCAAUGAAGGUUUUUUGAGAAAUGGAAAGGAUCCUGUUCUUAAAGCCUUGUCCGCUGGACAUGCUUUGCAUGCUUUUGUCAAUGGUCAGCUGGCAGGAACGGCAUACGGAAGUUUAGAAUUCCCAAAGCUCACGUUUAGUCAGAGCGUGAAACUAAGAGCUGGUGUUAACAAAAUCUCCCUUCUAAGUGUUGCAGUUGGACUGCCGAAUGUUGGUCCUCAUUUUGAAAGAUGGAAUGCUGGUGUUCUUGGCCCAAUUUCGUUAGACGGUCUCAAUGAGGGGAAAAGGGACUUAUCAUGGCAGAAAUGGUCUUACAAGAUUGGUCUUAAAGGUGAAGACUUGAGUCUUCAUUCUCUCAGUGGAAGUUCCUCAAUUGAGUGGACUCAGGGAUAUUGGGUUUCAAGAAGACAGCCAUUAACUUGGUACAAAACAACUUUUGAUGCCCCACGUGGAGUUGCACCAUUGGCUUUAGACAUGGGCAGCAUGGGCAAAGGUCAAGUUUGGAUAAAUGGACAGAGCCUCGGUCGCUACUGGCCUGCUUAUAAAGCCUCUGGAACUUGUGGUGACUGUGAUUAUGCUGGAACUUAUGAUGAGAAGAAAUGCAGAAGCAACUGUGGCGAGGCUUCUCAAAGAUGGUAUCAUGUUCCUCAAUCAUGGCUGAAGCCAACUGGAAACUUACUAGUUGUGUUUGAAGAGAUGGGUGGAGACCCCAAUGGGAUCUUUUUGGUUAGAAGGGAUAUAGAUAGAGCAUGUGCUGAUAUUUAUGAGUGGCAGCCAAAUCUCAUAAGCUAUCAGAUGCAAGCUUCUGGUAAAUCUAGCAGACCAAUGAGACCAAAAGCUCAUUUGUCGUGUGGCCCUGGCCAGAAAAUCUCUUCCAUCAAAUUUGCUAGCUUUGGUACUCCUAUGGGCUCCUGUGGAAACUUCCACGAAGGAAGCUGCCAUGCGCACAAGUCAUACGAUGCCUUUCAAAAGAAGUGUGUUGGCCAGAACUCAUGCAAAGUAACUGUGUCGCCUGAAAAUUUUGGAGGAGAUCCAUGUCCAAAUGUCAUGAAGAAACUCUCAGUGGAGGCCAUUUGCACCUGAUGAUGCUGAUUAUUCCCAGAAAAACAAAAAAGGGAAUGAAGAUUCUAGAUUGAUCAUUACUAUUAUUUUUUUGAGAAUUCACGGAUCUUUUGGGGAUAAACUAAGCCUACUACCACACUACAAGACGAUCCACAAGCAUUGAUUAACUUAGCUUUACCAAGGUGAAGUUGCAGAAGAAACACAACACACCUUAGUUGAAAAGCCUCUAGGGAGAUUGCUGAUAAGAUGAUUGUGGAUUUGUGUAAAUAAAGUAUUAAUAUUCUAUUCUCUGCCUACUUCAAAAGGCUAAGAAGUGAAGUGAAGAAUCUGUUGCUGGUAGAUGCACAUUGAGACGAUAGUAAUUGAGUCCAUGUGUAAAUGUUUUCCAUUCUUUGUUUCGGUGUUGAAGUGAAGCCUCUUGCUUCCUGUAAUCUUUUUAAUUCCCUUUUGUAAUUUUCUGAAAGCAAUCUAGUUGCUUCUUCUUUCUUGUAUGAAACUUCCCAAGGUAAAAAGAUAAGGUACUUCAUCUUGAUGUGGUUGUUGAAUUGAAUUA